GAAAGGGGCUUCGUGUGCACAAGUGGAUCAAGACGAUGAUGUAACCUUGAUAACGCUGAAGGUCUGAAGGUCUCCUGAGAAUAACUGACUUCGUAAGAGGCUUCUCCAUCCCCUCUCUUUACUCUAUUUUUUUUUUUUUUUUUUUUUAACAACUUCCUCUCACAGAAGCUACAAGCAAGAUGCCAGCCAAGACUCCCAUCUACUUGAAAGCUGCUAACAAUAAGAAAGGGAAGAAAUUCAAACUAAGGGAUAUCUUGUCUCCUGAUAUGAUCAGUCCACCACUUGGAGAUUUUCGUCACACUAUACACAUUGGAAAAGAGGGACAACAUGAUGUUUUUGGAGACAUCUCCUUUUUGCAGGGCAACUAUGAGCUAUUGCCUGGAAAUGAAGGAGAAACCAGACUUAGCCAGUCUGGUGGCCACAAUGAAUUCUUAAGGGCAAACAGCACUUCUGAAUCCAUGUUUACAGAAACUCCAUCACCAGUGCUCAAAAAUGCUAUUUCCCUUCCUGCCAUUGGGGGUUCCCAAGCCCUUACAUUGCCCUUAUUGUCACCGGUGACAUUUAAUUCAAAGCAAGAAUCCAUUAGGUCAUCAAGAAAUCCUAGGCUUAGUUGUGAGCCAGUAAUAGAAGAAAAAUUGCAGGAGAAAAGUAAACAGAUGGAGGAUGGAGAAACAUACAAAGAUGACAUAUGGGAGCAAAAUGGUGGUUCUUCGCAUUUUACUAAUGGUAGAGACAGUCACUCAUCCAGCUGUUCUGAACAAUGCACUGAUUGGCAAACAGUUGAUUUAUUUGAUGACAGCCGACUUUCAUGUGAACUAACCAAGACAAAGACUAAGUCAGAAGAGUCCCUUUCAGAUCUUGCAGGCUCUCUUCUCUCAUUACAACUUGACUUGGGACCUUCACUUUUGGAUGAGGUCCUCAAUGUAAUGGACAAGAAUAAAUCUUAGAACUGGUACUCUCUUGCUUCUGUACAAGUGAUUCACUUAAAACCAACCAAACAAAAAAUAGUUCAAAAGCAGACAUUUAAAAAAUCAGCUGUAUUUGCAGUUGUUUGACGGGUUUUCUAAAAAUAUUCUUAAAAUACUAUUUUUUUACCUAUUGUUUUUCAUGAUUUUUAUUACACUAAAUUCUCAUAGCAGGAAGGUAAAUUUUAAUAACUGUUUUCAGCAAAUGUAAAAUGUUUUUAAGUACCAGUAUUAAUUAUCAGAAAAUUAAGAAACAGAGUUUGAGGAUAAUACUGAUAGUGACAUUUGGUUAGUUCACUUCUACAGGCUUCUGAAUAUAUGAGAAUCUCUUAAGUGUCAGAAAGGAGACUGAUAUUAAUUAUUCACUUUAUAAAUUAUUACAACAUCACUUUACAUGUAGGCCUCUUUCUAGAACCUUGUGUUUGAGGGUUUGAUCGUGUUUUUUCUUCAUUUUCCGUAGUACCGUUUCUGUUAUACCUUCACUGUAGCUAUUCUCUCGGUCUUAUACUACCACUCUGUAUUCAGAUGUGAGCAAUUUGAAGGCUUUUUCAGCUUGAACAUCUGGUCCAAAGUCUCAGCUGCUUAAAUGAGUAUGCACAAACUUACAUAAGUUGAGGCUUGGGCCUGACAUUGUAUAUGAAAUGAUAUGUUGUAAACAGGUGACACAUGCAAGAUGAUAUGGUUAAAUUAUUUUGAAAGUUGAAAUAUAUUUUCUGUGUGCAUAUUGGCUUUUUGCUGCAGAGCCUACACAUACAGUAUCUCAUCAAAAUAGUUGCUUGGCAUUAUUGGUGUUUUUCUGAAAACUGUAUAUUUGUGUGUUUGGAAAGAAAUAUGUAUUGAUACUCCUUGCUUCUUUUUCUUCAUUUAUUCCCACAACAUGCUUAAACUUGCAACCAAUUAUUUUAAUUUCUGAAGAAGGCACUGGUUAUUCACAAUGCUUGUGAUGUGUGCUGCAACAGCCAAUGUUUUGGGAAAUGUGGAUCCUUUAAUACAGUAUCUACAUGGAUUGCAUAGAUAUCUUGUGCAAUACAAUAAAAACCCCUUUAAAUU